AUGGCUCAUCAUCUCCCACGUUAUGUGGAUACCCUCAUCAUAGGCAAUGGACCCUCUGCACUCAUUCUCUCCUACAUCCUUCACGGCCACAUUCCCUACUAUGUUGGGGGCCAUCACGAUGCCCUUUUAGACCUGAAGCUUACAAAAAAACCAAACUUGUUGGACCUUACCCCUGACCUAUAUGAUCACUUUCUCUCCUCAUUGCGGUACUCGACACAAGCGCUUCCGGUCAAUACGUUACUGGAUACCCUGAUUAGACCAAAUGCAGACACUGAAUUAAACCCUCAGUCAUGCAUCGAAUGGCGGUAUGAACCUGACAAGGCCGUACCCCAUCUUGCGGUUGGCGCAACGUCACAACCUGGUGGGCAAUGGGGGGAGAACCCCGUUUCAGUGAGCGCGGAAAUUGGAACCUUAAGCUAUGCGGAGAUGUUGUCUCUUCCUGGGUACUCGUACUCUGAAUAUAUGGGCAAGAGUAAGAAGCAAGAACAAUGCGACUUUGUGAGGCCUUCGAGGACGGAAGUUGCGAACUACUUGAAAAUGUAUCCGGAAACUGUGGGGAUAUCGGAUGCCAUCCACACAGGUGUAAAGGUCGAUAAUGUUUCUAGGACUGUGGAUGGCUUCAUUGUCGGAUCUCUAGGGAUACGCUGCAAGCACCUGGUUCUAGCCUCCGGCAUCUUCACAGUCAACAUCCCACCACCGCCUCUACUCUUGCCGAUUGCGGAUAUAGACUCGGCACAUGAGCCCCUGCUCGUGAUUGGCUCUGGAUUCUCUGCCGCUGAUACCAUCAUAUCUGCGCCACCAACACGCAAGAUAAUCCAUAUAUUCCAGUGGGCACCUGAUACCCGGCCAUCUCCGCUUCGUGGUUGCCAUCAUACUGCAUACCCGGAAUAUGCGACUGUAUACCGGCAGAUGAAGCUGGCUGCAAUCGCAUCCACCAAGGCUCUCUCGAUUAGAUCCUCCAUGCUCCGGCGAAAGUCAAACCCCUUCUUUUCUAGCCGAGACUGGACUUCUCACUAUGAAGGACUCCCAAAUGCAGAAAUACUGUCCGUCUCUCGUCUUGAAGGGGCCCCCUCAGUAACUGCCACUAUUCGCCUUGCGUCUGGGAAUACUGUUACCCGCUUAGUCGGAGGUUUGGAGUACGUAGUUGGUCGACGAGGCUCCCUGGACUACCUCUCCCCAGAACUGCGCUCCGAGAUUCUCGGAACCGCGCUCGAAGAAGUCUCCUCCUCCACCCUAAUAUCCGGCCGUACCCUCCGAGCUAAAACUGAAUCUUCCCUCGAAGUCGCACGCAACAUUUUCGUCAUCGGCAGUCUAGCCGGGGACUCGCUAAUCCGCCACGCCGUUGGUGGAUGCGCUUUCGCUGCCGGCCACAUUCUCGGAAAAAUCGCCUCCAACUUCUCCCCUUCUUCAACUCCAGCCCCAACCCCAACUCCAUCAACACGCUCCCCCUCUCCGUCUGCGCGUUCAGACCGCAUCUCAACCUCACCUUCCCCAUCAGCAUCAACCGCCUCAAGCCCAAUGCUUCUAGCAGCCAACGGACACGCCGACCUGCAUCUCGAUCGCCGGAAACUGGCUCGUGCGGUUGAGGUCACGAAUGCUGAGAAUAGAUGUUGGCAGGACUCCGGGUGGUGGGCUGGGGGCUUGGGGCCGCUGAAACCGCCGGACGCGUGA